CUAGGGUUACGCGAGGAGGUUCAGGCGGUGACGUAACUUUCCGCUUUAGGUGGCCUUCCGCUCCGGUGGCUGUCGGGAGGGGGCUCGGGGAACAUUCAGUAGCGUCCCCGAUCCCUCGGCCUUUGGAAGUGCCAUGAGAUCAGUUAGCUACGUGCAGCGCGUGGCACUGGAGUUUAGCGGGAGCCUCUUUCCACACGCAAUCUGCCUCGGGGACGUCGACAACGACACGUUAAAUGAACUCGUGGUGGGAGACACCAGCGGGAAGCUGUCUGUGUAUAAGAAUGAUGACAGCCGGCCAUGGCUUACCUGUUCCUGCCAGGGAAUGCUGACUUGCGUUGGGGUUGGAGAUUUAUGUAAUAAAGGAAAGAACCUGUUGGUGGCAGUGAGUGCUGAAGGCUGGUUUCACUUGUUUGACCUGACACCUGCCAAGGUCCUGGAUGCUUCUGGACACCAUGAGACACUAAUGGGAGAGGAGCAGCGUCCAGUCUUCAAGCAGCACAUCCCUGCCAACACCAAGGUCAUGCUGAUCAGCGACAUCGAUGGGGAUGGGUUUUGCGAGCUGGUGGUGGGCUACACGGACCGUGUGGUGCGCGCUUUCCGCUGGGAGGAGCUAGGUGAGGGCCCUGAACACCUGACAGGGCAGCUGGUGUCCCUCAAGAAAUGGAUGCUGGAGGGUCAGGGUCCUACUUCCUUGCCUCUCCAUCCCCCUUUAAGCCCUGGUUUCCUGGUGCAGGUGGACAGUCUCUCGGUGACUCCAGGGCCUCUGGGUGUUCCUGAACUGAUGGUAUCUCAGCCAGGCUGUGCUUAUGCAAUUCUGCUGUGUACCUGGAACAAGGACGCUAAGUCCCCUCCUUCCUCUGAGGAGGCCACAGAGGGCAGUAGGGAGACCCCAGCUGCCCGAGAUGUGGUGCUGCACCAGACAUCUGGCCGUAUCCACAACAAGAAUGUCUCCACUCACCUGAUUGGCAACAUCAAACAAGGCCACGGCCCUGAGAGUGGUGGCUCUGGUCUCUUUGCCCUGUGCACCCUGGAUGGGACACUGAAGCUUAUGGAGGAGGCAGACAAGCUGCUGUGGUCAGUGCAAGUGGAUCACCAGCUUUUUGCCCUGGAGAAAUUAGAUGUCACGGGCAAUGGGCACGAGGAGGUAGUUGCCUGUGCCUGGGAUGGACAGACGUAUAUUAUCGAUCACAACCGCACUGUUGUCCGCUUCCAAGUGGAUGAAAAUAUCCGUGCCUUUUGUGCAGGCCUGUAUGCCUGCAAAGAGGGCCGCAACAGCCCCUGCCUCGUGUACGUCACAUUCAACCAGAAGAUCUACGUGUACUGGGAGGUACGGCUGGAGCGGAUGGAGUCCACCAACCUGCUGAAACUGCUGGAGGCUGAGCCGGAGUACCGCAGCCUGCUGCAGGAGCUGGGUGUGGAUCCUGAGGACCUCCCUGCAACCCGUGCCCUACUUCACCAAACCCUCUACCGCCCGGCCCAGCCAGCACAGCGUGCCCCCUCAAGCCUCCAGGAUCCCACCUAGCUGCACCUGCCCUCACAGCUGGUGAAGCACCCCUCUGAGCCCCGCCCCCUCCUCCAAAGGUGUCCCUGGUAUUGGCAGGAUAGGGAAUAUAUAGUGUAGAGGAGCAGGAUUUCACUCUGGGCAUGAAAGAUGGUGGCAACCCUAAGGUGACUGCAAACUAUAGAUUCCGCAGUCUUUUUGGUAAAAAAAGAGACAAAUUGGGGGAGCAAGGGCAAUAUAUGUAACCUAAACUUUUGUACCCCCGUAAUAUGCUGAAAUUAAAAAAAAAAAAGAGACAACUUGACUGUCUGUCCAUUUCCUCAUAGAGCUCACCUAUCACAUCAGCAGGGUCAUGGGACCCUGGCCUUGUUCCAAAUCAUCUGGAAUGUGCCACCUCCUCCCCCAAGCUCCCUACUCUCACUGUGUAGAAAAACAGAGACUUGUUUGUGAGGAGGGAGCUCAAAUCUUUUGCAUGGCCCCAGCGCUACGGAAACCAGGCUUCGGGCCCAGGGGAGCAGUGGCGGUAAGAGCUCCACCCUACCCUCAGUUCCGUCUGUCCUGGCACAGCUCGAAGCCAUUUACAUUGGUGAUCAUUACAGGAAUGGCAAACUGUUUUGAGGGGUCUUUCAGGAUAUUUGACAGUCUGUCUGGUCUGUCUUACGUUCCUAGCAACGGUGAGAUGAUUUUCCUCCAUUACUGAAGCAGCUGGGUCAGUGUUUUGUCACGUUGCUGUGUUCUUCAAGUAUCCUGCAGCUUCACAGGCCUUGCUCCCAUUCCCCCACCCCAAACGAAUUAUUGUCUGUGAGACAAUAGACAUUUAAAAUCAGAUGCAGGUUCAGAAUUACAUCUUGGGCCAUUUAUGUUCCAUCUGCUCGUGGUUCUCUGUGCUCUAAAUCAGUGUUUUGCAAAUUGUAGGUUGCAAUCCUUUGGUGGGUUGUGGCUAGCAUUUUUGAAAGAAGUAGGAUAGAAUAA